UUCACAGGUCUCUAUACCGCUCACUCCAGCAUUCCUCUGUCUGGGUCUCCAUCUGACUCCUGGCCCCAUCACACAGACUGCAUCCAGGCUAAUGAGCAGUGCAUCGCUGACGCAACUUGCAGUUCCAGAUUUAGGACUCUGCGACAGUGUCUAACAGGCAGGGACAGGGAUGUCCUGCUCUCCGGUCUGGAGUGUAAAACUGCUCUGGAGGUUCUACAGGAGAGUGCCCUGUACAUGUGCCGCUGUCGGAGAGGAAUGAAGAAAGAACUUCUGUGUCUACAAACGUACUGGGGCAUACAUGCGGGCUUGACUGAGGGGGAUGAGUUUUAUGAGUCAUCACCAUAUGAACCAGUGACCUCCCGUUUGUCUGACAUUUUCCGUGUGGCUUCAAUCAACUCUGGCACAGAACCAUCCGUAUCCAGGCAGAAUGCCUGCCUUGAUGCAGCCAAGUUUUGCAAUGUGAAUGAUGCCUGCAAGAAGUUCCGUUCUGCCUUCAUAUCAGCCUGUAACCCUCCAGUUGAUGAGCAGUGUAACCUUCGCAAGUGUCACAAGACCCUCCGCACCUUCCUGGAGAAGAUUCCUUCAAACCUGACCUACCCACUCCUCUUCUGCCCCUGCAAAGAUAAGCCAUGUGCUGAGCGGAGACGUCAGACCACAGUGCCAAGCUGCUCCUUCAUUCGCCCUGAACUUCCUAACUGUUUGGAAAUUUGGGGCAACUGUAGACAAGACCCAGUGUGCAGGUCUCGGUUGGCAGACUUUGUUACUAACUGUAAGAGCUCUACUCAGACUGCGAGCGGUUGUGUGCGUGAUAACUACUCAGCAUGUCUUGGAGCUUAUGCAGGGCUGAUCGGGUAUGAUGUAGCUCUGAACUUCCUGGACUCGGACCCCCAUUUACUUUCCAUUGGGCCCUGGUGUUCUUGUAAGGGUAGUGGAGAUCAGGAGACUCAGUGUGAACUAUACCUAAAAGAGUUCACUCAGAACCGCUGUCUGCAAAAUGCAAUACAAGCCUUUGGCAAUGGAACAGAUGUUGUCCACAAACAGAACCGCCCUAGAACCCCUCAAACCACCAUCUCUUCCUGGGCUGAGAGGAGAAACCUUCUGCCAGACAACCAGAGUGACAGCAAUACCCUCUAUGAGGCCAACCCCCGCUAUGUGCAACUCUCUCCAGGAUAUGAAGAAUGCCAGCUCCCCGGAACUCACAAUCUGUGUUUCUGAGUCACAGCUAAACGCAGACCUUUCACCAGACUUAAGGAUAUAUGAAGACUCGGGUACUUUUUGCCACAAGGCGAGCAUUUUCUACAUUGGCAUCAUUCUCUAUCUCACUGCCUUAUUCUGA